AUGCGAUUACGCCGUUAUUGUGCCUCAUUACUUCUUAUGUAUGAAGCUCGUCCUCGAUCUCUCAUUGUCCUAGUACUUCCCGCUAAACUUUAUCGGAAAAACUACACUUUGCAGCAGAUGGGUAUCGAACUGGCGACCUGCGGCGCCAUAGCCGCCUCAGGCGUCACCCUUCUAUUGUCGUUGUUGGCUAUAUAUUGGAUGCAGCUCGAAAUCUCAUCCAUGUGGUCCGAAUUGGAUGCAGAAAUAGAUCAGUUCAAGUAUCUUACCAAUGAUUCGUGGAAGGCCAUGGUCACUCUCGGUGUCGGCACUCCGUCCAAUCGGAUUCGACGGCAAUCUCAAUAUGGUGGUUAUGCUGCCGUUGGAGUCAAUACACAGAGUAGUGAAGAAGAUGCUGAGAUGCUCCCUCGUAUCAUGAAAUUAGCCGAACCGCAGUUCAUGGGAAUGGCUGGAUGCCAUUGCUUGAUAUACAGCACCUGUCCUCCAGGACCACCUGGACCACCAGGAGAGCCAGGGCCCGAUGGACCCGACGGAUUGGACGGUGUUGACGGCGUUGAUGGCUUGGAUAAUAUGGAUGCGAUGAAAUAUAGUGAACUUGUUGGAUGUAUAACGUGCCCGGCAGGGCAUCCAGGUCCCCAAGGUAAAACUGGACCGCCGGGAGUGCGCGGUAUGCGUGGUGCUAGAGGAAUACCUGGGGUACCUGGUCGAGAUGGUACGCCAGGAAUGCCUGGAGAACAGGGUCCACCUGGAUCACCCGGACCUGAUGGACCACCUGGACCGCCUGGGCCAAAAGGAGAAGAUGCAGAGCAACCCAUGAGCAGAAAGGGACCGCGUGGCCCUCCAGGUGAACCUGGCGAGCAAGGUCCUCCAGGUUACCCCGGACGUAACAUGCACAUAGGUCCAAUGGGUCCGCCGGGUAUGGAUGGUGUCCAAGGAUAUCAAGGAGCUGCAGGCCCAGACGGCGAACCAGGUCCUAUGGGCCCGCCUGGAAAUCCAGGAAAAGACGCUACGUACUGCAACUGCCCGAGAAGAGGUGACCCUGAUGGCCCACCUCGUAAUCGAAAACGUCUCCGCUUAGUCUAG